AUGUGUUCAUCGACAAUGCAAACUGAAGGUAAGCCAUGAACUUGAUAUUUUGGAACAAGUAAUCCUUAACUGAUCUCUGCUCAUACAUUGUAAGUGGGAAGCAUGUGGCUCCUUAAGGGUUGCCCCACCCUAACUGCCAGCUCAGAUUUCUUUUUGACCCCCAUGUAGUCCCCAGUUUAACUCCUUGGCUUUGCUUGUGCAUAGCCAACUGGUUUGUCUCUGCUGGAGGCUAGGUGGGAUUCUUGUUUUUUUCGUUGUGCAUGUGGGUUUUUCUCAGAGCCAUUCUUCAGUAAAGUAACUCUUUGGUUGAAUGUUUUAUUGUGCAAUACUUUUAAAAUAAUCUUCCUCAAUAAUUUUGACUAAACUCCUGCUUAAAAUGAUGGACUUCAGUGUGUUGCAAUGUAUCUGCAUCUCUCAAAUUUUGAUGCUUUUGUUAAUUUUUCCAGUUCUAGUUAAAUGUAGGGAUUAAGAGCUGCUCCAUAUCCAAGCUCAAGUUAACUAUAGAUCAAGCAGCUAGUAUUUUGACCAGUAAAGUGAGUAUAUGUGGCCUCACCUUGGCAAGCUAAUCUAGAAGGGGGAGGGAAGAUGGCUUUAAUAGAAUAAUAAAUCUGUUGAAAGAUAAGACCCGAGAACAGUUCUCCAAUUUUUUUUUUAAAUUUUUAUCGUUGUUCUUCUUUUUUAAAUUGACAUAAAUUAUCUUCUGAAAAUCUAGUCCCCCCCCCACCCCUCCUGCGUAGGUGCAGUUCUUUUGUAAAAAUGGCACACAUAGUCAUUUUGUAGCCAUAAACAAAGUGAUCUACACUUCCAUCUGAGCUCCUUUUCUAGAGUUACUUAUAAUCCCAAGGAGGCAACACGAACAGCUUCAUUAAAAAUUACAAAUUUAAGGCAAAGUUUUCUCAGUUUUCAAAUGUUAGUAGAACCAAAAAGCAGUAAAAUUAUAAAUCGUACUAUUUUGACAGAGUGACAACAUUUUUUAAUGUAAGAGAAUACUAAUGAUUAUUGUUUUGGAUAAAAGCUCCAUCUGACUUUACAACUUUUUUAACAGAACCCUGUCUAUUAAAGUGUUAAUAUCCUUCUUUACAUUACCAUCAACCACUAGCAGGUUCUUUUACUUGUACUGAAGUGGAAUACCAUUUCAUACAAAACCUCAUCCAUUUACAUGAACAAGCUGUCACUUUCCUUUUAAAUUAUUUUCUAGUUGAUGACCUAACAUAUCAGUAACAGUGAAAUGACAAAAUUAUCACUACUCCUAUCCAUGACAGCAUGCUGAUACCAAAAAGCUACUGUACAAGCUUAGCCCAGCCACAAGUGCAUCAAUAGAACUCUAUACUGGAGCAGCCUAAACUCUAGUCAAUUGAGGUUGCUUUAUUAAUAAGAGCCACUGAAAUAUCAAAACAGGGCUUACUUUAAGGUUCUCUUUAACAGCGGAGAUCUCGAGCGCGAAGCGCGCCAGCGGAGCACCAUGGGUAAGAAAAUGAAGUAAUCUACCCAUCCGAGAAAAUUUGGUAAUCACGUGACUGUACACCGACCGACCGACCGCCCGAGCGACCGUCCGUCCGCGCCAUAGGCAUACCAAUGUAAAAUAACUCAAUCAACAGGUAUGGCAACAAUUCGAGGUUAUUUUGGCAGGAAAUCGCGUAGCCACCGGCGUCUUGUAAAGUAGAGACAACUAAAGAGUUAGUAAAGACGAAAACGGAAAGCGGAAAUUGUUUCAAUGUAUCCGUGUUGUCUUAAGUAUUUAGCUGAGAUUAACUGUCAUGUCCACAAAUUUGGAACGUAGAGCAAGGAAAAGUAGGCAGCAGGCUAGCGAAGCUCAACGAGAAAAAGGGUGACAGAGAUCUAGAGCGAGAGAUAAAAAACAAAGGAGACAUUUUUUUGUCGGAAGAACAACAUGAAAAUUUUGUAGCGGCGGUGACAAAAUGAGAAAUGCUAACGGCCACCAAUGCAAGGUGAAAAUGAGCGGCAGUGAAAAAAAAAAAAGGGAACGAGAACACGUACGACAUUUCCUCCAUAAAACGUGUAACUAAGGGCCUGUUUACAUGGGGGUGGGGGACCCAAGUUAGGUGAGGUAACCCGCUUUGGUGGGUAACCCGCCUGUCCACAUAAUUUCUCAUUUUAAUUUGAUCACGUUUAUAUGAUACGUGGGGUGACCCGCCGCAUGUGACCUCACCUAUCUGGGGUUCCCCACCUCCAUGUAAACAGGCUCUAAGCAGUCUCUGAAGUUUCACGUUGUAGUCGUGCAAAACAACGGCAAAGAAAUGUACAAAAAAAUUUGCUGCAUGUGCAAAGUUGCUUUUUUUGCUAAUUAGACCUAUUGAUGUUUUUCACCGUUCUCCGGCGUUGCAUUCGCUGCUUAGCAUUACGCGGUUUUAUAUUUUUUUUGAAGAAACUAUAAAUAUCAUCGAGAGCUUUGCUUUUAGCCCUGGCUAAAUCUAUAUAUUAUCUUUUACAUAAGAGCCUUUUUCUGUUGAUACUCAGUUACAAUUUAAUAUUAAUAAAAUUAAUGUUUGUUUGUUUUUUGCUUUCAGUCAUCCCUCAUGGCAGCCUCUUCUGAUCAAGAAUUGGAAUUUGAAAAACAGAAAUCAAGUAGCGACACAGUACGUUACGCCUCACAAAAGCUGUCAAUUAUUCUUCUUUUCACCAUAUAUUUAGUAGCUACACAAGAUUUAGAAAGAAAUGUUUACUUAAUAGUUUUUUCCCUUUAAACUUAGACAAUCACAAAACACAGCAUUUCUUUUGUUCUUGUUUGAACUAGAGCCUAGACUCAGUGUAGGCAUAAUAGGGGCAUAGAGUGGUAACUAGGUGACUAGAUAGUUAAUACGCUAGGUUCUACAAGAUGUUUUAAACCAUUGUGUCAAAAUUUAAGACUUUGAGACGGUUAUGGUUCCGAGAGAGCCCAAGAAACUGAGAAUCUUCAGUACUGGAUAAACCAUUCGACAGGUAUAAUACAGUGCGGUGAUACUUCUCAGCAAACAGUAAAUUAUAUGAAAGUAAUAAAAUUUGGGCUCGGUUAGCUUUAGAUGGUGAUUUAAUCUGUCUUUUGCAGGCUGAAAAUUGUCCUCAGAUCACCACCUCAAGCACUUCACAAGUAGAACCAGGUCAAAGUGACGGUUUUUCUGCCAGGCCAGUACUAAAAGUUACCCUUCUGGGAAGUGAGUGGAAUUCCUCAAAAGGUGGUUUGUCAACAUUAAACAGAGAACUUGCAAUUUACCUUUCAAAACAUCCCAAAGUGGAAGUAACAUUGUUAGUUCCCAAGGGAGUUUGUAAAGAUGAGGAAAAAAGAGAGGCUGGAAGCUAUGAAAUUGCCAUUGUUGAAGCAGAGGAACAAACAGGGUAUGAUCCCCUUGAAUGGUUAAACUUCCCACCUACAGACCUCGUCAUCGAUGUCAUCAUUGGGCAUGGUAAGAAACUUGGCCGGCAAGUACAAGGAAUACGAAAAUUGGCAGAAUUUAAGAAUUGUAAGUGGGUACAAGUGGUGCAUACUGCCCCAGAAGACCUUGGAAAAUUCAAAGACUACACUAAUCCUACUUCUAAAGGUGAACGAAAACAUCAAGUUGAAGUUGACCUUUGUAAGCGUGCUGAUCUUGUCAUGCCUGUUGGACCCCGCCUGACAGAAUUUUACUCUUCAUAUUUACAACGAUACAAAAAAGAAAUGGAUGUGCUUUCAUUUACUCCAGGACUUUUUGAAAGGGAGUUUGGGGAUUUGGAACAAGAUGUCAAUAACAAUGCAGAUUUUAAAGUGUUAAUUUUUGGUCGUGGCGAUAAGGAAGAUUUUGAGCUUAAAGGGUACAGCAUCGCUGCUAAAGCAUUUACUGACCCACGGUUGGAAAAGAAACCUUAUCAACUGAUCUUUGUUGGUGCCCCUGAAGGAAAGCGAGGAAAAGAAGAAGUUAAAAAACGACUUCUGCGUUGUGGUAUCCCUAAAGAGCAGCUGGUUGUUAGAACAUUUAUACAAAACAGAGAUAGUAUAAAAAGUUUGCUUUGCGAAGUUGAUCUUGCCAUCAUGCCAUCAAAAUCAGAGGGGUUUGGACUCGUCGCACUUGAGGCCUUGUCUGCAGGUUUACCUAUUCUUGUUGGUAGUAAAUCGGGAAUUGCCAAAGCAUUAGAGAAUGUUCCUAAUGGUUAUUCAUGCAUCGUGUAUUCAUACAAUCCUGCAAAGUGGGCAAAAGCUAUUGAAGCUGUUCGUGUCAGACAUGCUUUGCGGCUAAAAGAGAUCAAAGCUCUGAAAGCAUCCUAUGGAGAGAUUUAUUGUUGGAACGAACAAUGUGAAGCUCUUGUGGAGAGGAUGUGGAAAAUGGUUUAUGGUAUGAUUGCACUAGAAUACUGGUUUAUGGUAGGAAGUUUUUAGAACACGUGGUAAUAGUAAAAUGAUGUAGUUCGUUAUACCUUAUUGUGGUACAGCUACGGGCUAGUCAAUUGAGAGAAGUUUAGACCAUCGCUGUACCACAAUAAGGUAUAACGAACUACAUGGUCUUGCUUUAACUACAUGUUCUAAAAGUUACUAGUGUCAUUUCCGCCAAUCAGCUUUUCACAUCGACUUUUGCGAUUCAGAUAUUCAAAUUCCAGACUAGAAAGAGUCGUAGUUCCAAGCUCUCCUUCGUUUUCUAACCCCGCCUCCGGAGUGCCCCGGAGAGCUUGUUCGCAGGCUAUUAAUCAACUCUCCAGCUCUUGGCUGCGGGUCGCUGAAAAGUACUUUGAGCGAUUGAGGUACAGUGUACUACCCUUUUUUGAACUUAAUAACUUUCACUGAAUGUUUUAAAUACAGAAGGUAAAGCGCGUUGAAAUUUUGGACGGCGAGUGAAUAGGUGAUAAAUAAUCUUAUGGAGUAAAAUAUUGUACUUGUCUAGAAAUAUUUCGCGUGAUUCAUUCGUUUCGGUUAACGUGGUCUGUGGAUCUUAUCUCGGAGAAGUCCCUGACGGGUGCACGAGCGUGAAGUUAUGGUAAUAGGACUGAGUGGAGUACAAUUCAAGGAGUAAUCGGGCGAGUAAUUUCAAAUUGCCCAGCACAAGCCCGACUUGAAAUUACAAGCCCGAUUACCCCUGAAUUGUACGACACGAAGUCCUAUUACCAAUUGAUAGAGAGGCGAAGUGUGACGUCACGUUACCAUAGUAGCACUAUUUCUGGAUGACAACAAAAUCAACGACGACGGCGACAGCAAGGAGAUCGACAAAAAUGAUAUGUUUAUAUUAACAAACAACAACUUUGCACGUGCGUCACGCUAUUUUGUACAUUUCUUUGCCGUCGUUUCACCACUGCGACAUGAAACUUCUUAAUUUCCCGAGCCCGCUUUAUGGAGUAGGUGAACACAACAGAAGAAUUGUCGCUUUCUUUUUCUAAACUAAGAUAACGAUAAAUACGACUGCAAAGAAAAUUUCGCCAAGAUUUGCCAAAUUAAAUGAAAUUGAAUAAGAUCGGUGAAGUUUGAAAUAGUGCGAAUAGACUUUUAAGUGACUUUAUCAGUUUGUUGUCAUCCAAAAAUUUUGCUACCAUGGCAACGUGUAACGACUUCUCUCUAUUGUGCCAAUAACGCAAUGUGAGAAUCUCGGUCUUGGAAAAUGUAUUAAUGUAAAUUAAAAACACUGGACCAGUUAGUUUCAUCCGUUUCUCUUUUCCAGUUAAAGCUGGAUAGCUUACCUGGUCACUAUUUUUUCAUUAAUUUUGAUUGGUUGUCAUGUGCUGUGUAGUUAAAUUUCAAUGGCUAGUGGCAUUUGCUGCUUAAUUUUCAUUGGUUCUUAACAGUCCGAUUUGACCUGUCCGACUACAAGCUCCUGGUAAUCGGACAGAUCAAAUCACAGUUUUGGAGUUACAAUAGCAAACUUAAGCUCUAUAAAUAUGGGCUGUUCAGAACCAAUCAGAAUUACGCAUUUUGUUAUUGACGCAAUUAUAAUAAUAACAAUGAUAAUGAUAAUGAUGACGAUGAUGGUGAUAAUAAUAAUCAUCAUCAUCAUCAUCAUCGUCAUUACUAAAAGUAAUAAUUGGGCUGCACACUACACACAAUGGGCAAAAUUUUAAAAAAAAUGAGUAUCGCACGUGUUCAUGAAUUUGUAUAUAGCUAUUUCGAGAAAGGUUGUCAAAAAAGUGCACGCAACAAUGUCGAAAGGUAUUGUGGGUAGUACUGAGUGUACAGUUCUUCAACGAAAUUUGAAAGAAUGGUACAAGAGGCCAUGGACGUAUGUUUGUGAGUGCCAAAGGAAAGCAACAAAAGUAUUUUCGACAGCUACAAUGUCAGGAACAGUGUAUUGAUCGUAUCCUGUAUUACCCUUCGGGAUUGUCGCGUACACAGUUUUUCCUACAACCUUUCCCGAAAUAGCUGUAUACUAGUUUAUGAAGUUAAACAAUAAAAUGAUAUUAUUCCACUGAAAGCGAUAAGCGUCCCUGAAUAGAUGAGUUUGCAGGCGUUUAAAAGUGGUAACAUUAUAGAAGAGUUGCUUAGCUUCAACAUUUUUCAAAAAUUUCCCACAACGAAGUUAUCCUUUUUUUGAUUUGAAAUAUGUUUCACAAAGCUAUUUCUUCAUUGAACAUGAACCUGAUUUCCUAUGAUAAGUUUCUUACCGAAUUUGCUGUUAUGACGAAAGCUUGUUUUCACAGGGUCCUCUGUAGAAGAAAACAAAAACCCAAGAACAGAAUCCCUUGCUGACAAGCAGCUUGUUUUCCAAAUUUCCCUUGGUAGUAACCCUGAAAAGAAAGCUGAUGCUGGCUCUGUAUCAGGAAGUAUAACCGAAAAAUCCAAAAAUGAUGGCUCUCAGCUUCGUAAUAGCCUUAAAAUUUCAGGAUCUUCCUGUGACCCAGGUAUGGAAAUUUCUUCUUGCUGCUGCCCACUUGCAUGA